UUAUCAGCGUUGUAGUUAUUAGAAAUCAAACUUAUACGCGCGUGUGAGGGAGUGCACAGGCGUAUAGCCUAUAUGUCGCACCAUCCAUUUGAAUCGGUUGCAGACUUUGUCCGUUUGUAACGCUAAUGUGAGCUCGAAGAGACCAGAUACAGUUCUCAUUAUCAGCUCUUCAGCUUUUAGGAGAAAACGCGUCUAUUAGAAUCGGCUCACCCCGCGGCUCGCUUGAGAUGGUUCAGUCCAGCUGCGAGGGUCCAGUCUCCAUGCACUGGGAUUUUUCUCAGCGCCGACACCAAGUGAAUCUUCUUUUUAAAACCAUCUGAUAACCGUGAAAAAGCCCACCAUGAGCGCCUCUUUGAAUCCUGACAGAACGGGACUCGUGAGGACAGACUGCAGAUGUACAUAUAACGGGACGAGGAAACUGGAUGGUAUACGGAUUUUUGCGCUAAUGAAGGUGGGAGUACAGGCGCAUCACUGGAGCCGGGUGCUGUUCUUCUAUAUGGGGCUGCUGGCUGCAUCGGUUAAGGCUCAAAACUGCAGUCACACACUACACAGUCCAAAUGGGACAAUAGAAAGCCCCGGAUACCCGUAUGGAUAUCCUAACUACGCCAACUGCACAUGGGUGAUUGUGGCACAGGAACACAACCGGAUACAGUUGGUAUUUCAAGGCUUUGCCUUAGAGGAGGACUUUGACAUCCUUUCAGUCUACGAUGGGCAACCCAGUCCAACAAAUUUACGGACACGGUUGACGGGGUUUCAACUUCCUGCCCCUAUAGUCAGCACAGGACCCAGACUUACACUAUGGCUGCUGUCAGACUACGCUGUAAGUGGCCAGGGCUUCAAAGCAGUGUACGAAGCCCUUCCAAGCUACACCUGUGGAAAUCCAGGCCAGCUGCUCAACGGCAUGCAGCAUGGCUCUACUUUCAACAUAGGGGACAAGAUCCGCUACAGCUGCAACCUGGGUUACGUGCUGGAGGGCCACACUGUGCUCUCAUGCCUGGCCACCUCCUCCGGCACCGCUGCCUGGGACUUCCCCCUGCCGUACUGCCGAGCGGACGAUGGCUGUGGUGGCACACUGCGGGGUCAAAGCGGUGUCAUCACCAGUCCAAAUUACCCCCAGGAUUACAACAACAACGCAGACUGCACCUGGACAGUGCUAGCCGAACCAGGUGACACCAUUGCCCUGGUCUUCUCCGAUUUUCAAUUGGAAGAAGACUACGAUGUUCUGGAGAUAACCGGCACAGAAGGAUCCUCUCAGUGGUUUACUGGUCCAAACUUGCCGUCGCCCAUCAUCAGCAGCAAGAACUGGCUGAGACUCCACUUCACAUCCGAUGGAAACCACAAACUUAGAGGCUUCAGUGCUCAGUAUCAAGUGAAGAAGAUGACAGAGCUGAAGUCUAGAGGGGUGAAGAUGCUGCCAAGUAAAGACAACCACAGCAAAAUAUCAGUUUUAUCUCAGAUGGGGGUGGCUCAAGGACACAACAUGUGUCCAGAUCCAGGAAUCCCAGAGAGGGGCAAAAGAAAAGGCUCUGAUUUCAGGCGGGGUGCUACUGUGCACUUUUCUUGUGAUGAAGGAUACGAGCUUCAGGGGUCUAAAAGCAUCACCUGCCUGCGAGUGACGGACAGUUAUGUUGGAUGGAGUGAUGACCGGCCUAUCUGUAGAGCUCCUAUGUGUGGUGGUCAGCUCCGUGGCCCUAGUGGAAUCAUCACCUCCCCAAAUUUCCCAGUACAAUAUGACAACAAUGCCAACUGUACCUGGAUCAUCACAGCUUCUGACCCUUCCAAGGUGAUCAAGCUGAAUUUUGAGGAGUUUGACUUGGAGCGGGGCUACGACACUCUAACCGUGGGUGACGGCGCUGUAAUCGGCGAUCAGCGGACAGUCUUUCAUGUGUUGUCUGGGACUACAACUCCAGAUCUGGUGGUCAGUACCAGCCAUCAGAUGUGGCUCAAUUUUAAAACGGAUGACACGAGUGGCUCCCUGGGCUUUAAGGUUUCUUAUGAAGAAAUUGACCAGGGUGGGUGUGGAGACCCUGGAAUCCCAGCCUAUGGCAAGAGGGAAGGCACAGGCUUCCGACAUGGAGACAAACUUUAUUUUGAGUGCCUUCCAGCCUUUGAGCUGGUGGGGAAAAAGAACAUUACCUGCCAAAAAAAUAAUCAGUGGUCAGCCAAGAAGCCAAGCUGUGUGUUUUCAUGUUUCUUCAACUUCACAACUCCAUCUGGGGUCUUGCUAUCACCAAACUACCCUCAAGAGUACGGAAACAACAUGCACUGUGUGUGGCUGAUCAUCGCCAAACCCGAGAGCCGCAUCAAUUUAGCCUUCAACGACCUGAGCAUGGAGAAGCAGUUCGACUUUCUGUCCAUUAAAGAUGGCGGCAAGGCAGAGUCGCCAAUUCUUGGCACCUUUUCUGGAGAUGUGCUGCCGUCACCCAUCACUACCAGCGGCCACGUGGCCCGACUGGAAUUUCUGACUGAUCAUACGUAUACAGACCGUGGCUUCAACAUCACUUUCACCACGUUUCGACACAAUGAAUGUCCUGACCCUGGCGUACCUGUAAAUGGAAAGAGAUUUGGUGAGAGUCUACAGCUUGGCAGCUCCAUCUCUUUCCUGUGUGAGGAGGGGUUCAUAAAGACCCACGGAUCUCAGACUAUCUCCUGCAUUCUCAAAGAUGGAAAUGUUGUGUGGGACAACGCUGUGCCACGUUGUGAAGCCCCAUGUGGUGGAAACCUAAAGGCUUCCAGUGGCAUUAUUCUGUCCCCGGGGUGGCCUGAGCUUUAUAAAGAGGCCCUCAAUUGUGAGUGGAUCAUCGAGGCCCUGCCGGGAUAUCCUAUUAAGAUCAUCUUUGACAAAUUCCGAACGGAGGUAAACUAUGAUGUUCUCGAGGUACGGGACGGACGAUAUCCUUCUUCCCCUCUGAUUGGCAGUUACCAGGGCACACAGGUCCCGCAGUUCCUCAUCAGCACCUCAAACUUCAUAUACCUGCUCUUCACCACCGACAAGAGCCACUCUGACAUCGGCUUUCGCAUCCGAUAUGAGACCUUGCAACUCCAGUCGGACCAUUGCGUUGAUCCUGGAAUCCCAGUCAACGGUCAGCGCCAUGGCAAUGAUUUUUACGUGGGAGCUUUGGUGACGUUUAGUUGCGAAGCAGGAUACACCCUCAGUGACCACGAGCCCCUCGAGUGUGAACCCAACUUCCAAUGGAGUCGUCCCCUGCCCAGCUGUGAUGCACUAUGUGGAGGGUUUAUUCAGGGUAACAGCGGCACUAUUCUGUCUCCUGGGUUUCCUGACUUCUACCCCCAUAACCUCAACUGUACCUGGAUGAUUGAGUCUUCACAUGGGAAAGGUGUUCAGUUUACCUUCCACACCUUUCACCUGGAGAGUCCACACGACCACCUAUUAGUCACAGAAAAUGGUAGCUUCUCUCAACCUCUGUGGAGAUUGACAGGGUCUACACUUCCACCCCCUCUAAGCGCCGGACUCUUCGGCAACUACACCGCUCAGAUCCGUUUCCUCUCAGACUUCUCUGUGUCCUAUGAGGGCUUCAACAUCACUUUCUCAGAAUACGAUCUUGAGCCUUGCGAAGAUCCCGGCGUCCCCCCCUUCAGCACUCGUAAAGGGUUGCAGUUCGGGGUGGGGGAUGCAUUCAUCUUCUCCUGUUUUCCGGGGUACCGUCUCGAGGGGCCUGCGAGGGUGGUGUGUCUAGGGGGGCGUCGGCGGGUGUGGAGUUCCCCUCUGCCAAGGUGUGUUGCUGAAUGCGGAUCGUCUGUAACCGGGAAACAAGGAGUUUUACUCUCUCCCAACUACCCUGGAUAUUACGGUAACAAUCAUGAGUGCAUCUACUCCAUUCAGACCCAACCCGGUAAAGGCAUCCAGCUCCGAGCACGGGAUUUCCGCCUGGAGGAGGAUGACGUUCUUAAGGUGUAUGACGGUAGCAGUACCAGUGCCCGACUGCUGGGCACCUUCACAAGCACAGAGCUGAUGGAUGUCACUUUAAACAGCACGUCCAGCACCAUGUGGCUCGAGUUCAUUAGUAAUAGUGACAAUACCAGCAAAGGUUUUGAGCUGCACUUCACCAGUUUUGAGUUGGUGAAGUGUGAGGACCCAGGUGUGCCUCAGUUUGGCUUUAAACGGGAGGAUAAAGGUCACUUUGCAGGGAGCACGGUGUCAUAUAGCUGUGAUCCUGGCUACAGUUUAAAGGGCCCGGAGGUUUUGACGUGUCUCAGAGGGGAGAGGAGAGCAUGGGACAGCCCCCUCCCACUGUGUGUGGCCGAGUGUGGAGGAACGAUUAGAGAUGAGCCCACGGGCCGGAUCCUGUCUCCUGGUUACCCAGCGCCUUAUGAGCACAACUUGCACUGUGUCUGGACUAUUGAGGCGGCACUUGGAAGCACCAUCGGGUUGCAUUUCCUGGUUUUCCACACAGAAGAGGUGCAUGAUGUUUUGCGCAUCUGGGAUGGGCCUCAGGACGGAGGUGUUCUCCUUAGAGAGCUGAGUGGCUCUACGCUUCCUCCAGACCUCCAUAGCACCUUUAACUCUGUCAGUUUGCAGUUUACAACCGACUUCUUCACCAGCAAGCAAGGUUUCGCUCUGCAGUUCUCGGUUUCAACUGCCACUUCCUGUAAUGAUCCUGGCAUUCCAACGAAUGGCACUCGCAUUGGAGACAGCAGAGAGCCAGGGGAUAAUGUGCUGUUCCUGUGCGAUCCUGGAUACCUCCUACAGGGGGCGACCAAGAUCACCUGUACCGAGAUCAACAACCGUUUUUUCUGGCAGCCUGAUCCGCCAUCCUGUUCUGCUCCAUGUGGAGGGAAUCUGACGGGUCCCAGUGGACUGAUCCUGUCCCCUGAAUACCCAGAGCCCUAUCCUCACGGCAGAGAAUGUGACUGGACCGUAACAGUAACGCCGGACCACAUCAUAUCACUCAAUUUCAAUCACUUUAGUCUAGAGCCGAGCUAUGACUUCCUGCACAUCUACGAUGGGCCUGAUUCUCUCAGCCUGCUGCUGGGCAGCUUUUAUGGCACUGACGCCCCUGAGCGCAUUGAGAGCAGCUCCAACACGCUCUUCCUGGCCUUCCGCAGUGACGCCUCACUUAGCAGCAAUGGAUUUGUCCUGCAGUACACUGAAAAUCCCAGAGAGUCGUGCUUUGAGCCAGGGCUGGUGCGUAAUGGUACUCGUGUUGGUACCGAGUUGAAAUUGGGGGCAACUGUCACCUAUUACUGUGACAAUGGUUAUACGCUGGAGGGAGACGCCACACUCACUUGCAUCAUGGGGGGAGACGGCAAGCCUGGCUGGAACAAACCAAAACCUGUUUGCAUAGCUCCGUGCGGUGGUCAGUAUUCGGGUUUGGAGGGUGUGGUGCUCUCCCCUGGUUAUCCUGGAAACUACAGCAGCGGGAGGACUUGCCUCUACUCGGUUAUUGUGCCGAAAGACUAUGUGGUGUUCAGCCAAUUUGCAUUCUUUCAGACUGCGCUAAAUGAUGUUGUGGAGGUGUACGAUGGGCCUACCCAGCAUGCCCGUGUCCUGAGUUCUCUCUCUGGGGCCCACACAGGUGAAUCUUUGCCCCUAGCCACCUCCAACCAGAUCCUUAUCCGCUUCUCUUCUAAGGGUCAGUCAAGCUCAAGAGGUUUCCAUCUGGUCUAUCAAGCUGUCCCAAGGACAAGCGCGACCCAGUGCAGCUCAGUCCCAGAGCCUAGACACGGCAGACGCACUGGGAACAACUUUGCGGUGGGAGCCGUGGUGAGUUUUGAAUGCACUCCAGGAUACGUUCUGGAGGGUCCCAGUGCAAUCGAGUGCCUGACUGUACCCAACGCUCUGGCCCAGUGGAACAGCAGCAUACCCAGUUGCAUUGUGCCUUGUGGAGGAAAUCUAACCCAGCGGAUAGGUACUAUACUGUCCCCCGGCUAUCCUGAGCCCUACCUAAACAGCUUGAGCUGCGUAUGGAAGAUCACUGUGCCAGAGGGAAUGGGAAUCCAGAUCCAGGUGAUUAGCUUUGUGACAGAGCAGAACUGGGACUCUCUCGAGGUGUUUGAUGGAGGUGACAACACUGACACCAUGCUGGGGAGCUUCUCAGGUACAACAGUCCCAGCCCUCCUAAACAGCACCUCUAACCAGCUCUACCUGCACUUCUCCUCAGACAUCAGCGUCUCUGCAGCCGGUUUCCGUCUGGAGUACAAAACUGUCUCCCUCACUAGCUGUCCUGAACCGGUUAUACCCAUGAAUGGCUUCAAAGUGGGCGAGAGACUACAGAUGAACAAUGUGGUGUCCUUUCAGUGUGACCCUGGAUAUACUCUGCAGGGAGUGUCCCAUAUCUCUUGCAUGCCAGGGCCUGUGCGCCGCUGGAACUAUCCGCCUCCUCUCUGCAUCGCUCAGUGUGGGGGAAUCAGAGAGGAGAUGGAAGGCACCAUUCUCAGCCCUGGUUUCCCAGGAAACUACCCUAGCAACAGUGACUGCACCUGGAGGAUUUAUUUGCCAGUCGGUUAUGGGGCUCAUGUGCAGUUCUUGAACUUUUCCACUGAGGCCAACCAUGAUUUCCUGGAAAUUCGAAAUGGACCUUUUGACACCAGCACAGUGAUUGGCAGAUUCAGUGGGCAGGACUUACCACCAUCUCUCCUAACCACCUCCCACGAGACCACUGUAUAUUUCCAUAGUGAUCACUCUCAGAAUAAGCCUGGCUUCAGAUUUGAUUAUCAAGCCUAUGAACUUCAGGAGUGUCCUGAUCCGGAACCCUUUCACAAUGGUGUGGUGGUUGGAGCUGGUUAUAACGUGGGUCAGUCCAUCUCGUUUGAGUGCUAUCCUGGGUAUCAGCUGAUGGGACACUCCAUUCUUACCUGUCAACAUGGUACUACACGCAACUGGGAUCAUCCCUUUCCUCGCUGUGAAGUGCCAUGUGGAGGUAACAUUACAUCAGAAAAUGGCACUAUCUUCUCCCCCGGUUACCCAGAGGACUACCCCGCUUCUACGGACUGCAGCUGGCUGAUUACAGUGGCAUCAGGCUUGGGAAUUCGUCUUAAUUUCACCCUCUUGCAAGUCCAUGGCCCCCAAGAUUUCAUCACAGUCUGGGACGGACCUCAGGAAACAGCUCGCAAACUCGGAGUGUUUACAGAGGGAGAGGCCAACAACCCACCAAGCAGCACUUCUAAUCAAGUUCUGAUACGUUUCCGAAGCAAUUCUGAGAAAGGUGGACUGUUCAAGAUCAACUACCAAGCCUAUAGACUUCAGUUUUGUUUGCCACCUCCCAUCAUUCCUAAUGCAGAAAUACUGAUGGCCAGUAAAGAAUUUAAGAUAGGUGAUAUAGUGCGUUACAGAUGUUUGCCAGGAUAUCACCUAAAUGGGAACAGCAUUCAAACCUGUCGCCUGGGGACUCAUCUCGAGUUUGAAGGACCUCCACCUUCAUGUGAUAUCACCUGUCCUAUGAAUGAGGUGCUGACAGCCUCCACAGGGAUAAUCCUGAGUCAGUCACCGGGCAGCAGCCUGCCACACUUUGAGUCCUGUUCCUGGGUGGUGAAGGUGGAUUCAGGAUACAACAUCACUUUCACUGUUGAACACUUUCAGACCAGCAGACAGUUUGAUGAGCUGGAGAUCUUUGAUGGUCCAUCAAGACAGAGUCCUCUGCUCAUUACUCUGAGUGGGAACUAUUCAUCUCCUCUCAGUAUUACUAGCUCUUCUAGCAAGGUUUACCUUCACUGGUCCUUCGAUCACACCUCCAGCCACAAGGGCUUUCGAAUUCGCUACUCAGCGGCGUACUGCAGUACUCCGGAGCCUCCCGUGAACGGCUCGGUACACAGCCUGACGGGCACGAAACUGGGCAGUACCUUGCGCUUCAGCUGCGACCGGGGCUUUAACCUGAUUGGCCAGACCACCGCCACCUGCACCCGCACCCCACAGGGCAUCCACCAAUGGAACGCUCCAGUGCCGCUUUGCCAAGUCGUUUCCUGUGGGAUGCCCAUUGCUCCAGUGAAUGGCACUGUCAUCGGACAGCACUUCACUCUCGGCUCUAGAGUCACAUUCUCUUGUAAUCCUGGUUUCCGAUUGGCCAACGCUCAGCCAGUGUCAACACUUUGCCAAGAGUCUGGGAGGUGGAGCACAAUGGAGACCCGCCCUCGCUGCGUCCCUGUGACCUGCCCUGACAUCGGCCACUCAGCUGUGGAUCAUGGGAGGUGGAGGCUUAUUUAUGGCAUGCAGAAUAAAUACGAGGCCAUGAUGAUGCUGACCUGUGACCCUGGAUACUUCUACAAGGGUCAAAGGGUCAUCCGUUGCCAAGCUAACGGCACCUGGGAUUACCCUGAGCCGAGACCAUCCUGUGAAAUCAUUUCCUGUGGUGACCUUGGAACCCCACCGAAUGGGAAUAAGAUAGGAACAUUAACCGUGUACGGAGCGACUGCCAUCUUUUCCUGUAACACGGGUUAUACUCUGGUGGGCUCCAGAGUGAGAGAGUGCAUGUCCAAUGGCCUGUGGAGUGGAGCUGAAGUCCAGUGUCUUGCUGGACACUGUGGCUCACCAGAGCCUAUUGUGAACGGCCAGAUCAUCGGUGAGAACUACAACUACAGAGGCAGUGUCGUUUACCAGUGUAAUCCUGGAUUCCGACUCAUCGGCGUGUCCGUUCGCAUCUGUGAGCAGGACCACCGCUGGUCCGGAAAGACUCCCGUUUGUGUCCCUAUCACCUGUGGACAUCCAGGCACCCCUGCUAAUGGUGUGACUCAGGGAACGCAGUUUAACCUGAAUGACAUUGUGCGUUUCGCCUGCAACCCUGGUUAUGUUCUACAGGGUGUGAUCAAUUCUCACUGUCAACCCAACGGCCAGUGGAGCAACACUCUACCCAGAUGUAAAAUUGUGAACUGCACUGAUCCGGGACAUGUGGAAAAUGGUGUCAGACAGGUCCUGCCCAGCGGGCCUCAUCGUUACAGUUUCCAGACUGCAGUUUCUUACAACUGUAACCCAGGAUACUACCUGCUGGGCACCAGCACUCUGAGCUGUCAGGGAGAUGGCACAUGGGACCGCUCCCUACCCAAGUGCCUCUUGAUUCUGUGUGAUCGUCCCAGCAUGCCUCCGUAUGCACAGAUCUCGGGGGACAGACGCACUGUGGGCUCUGUUAUCCGCUUCAGCUGCAUCGGCCAGCGCAGCAUUGUGGGCAAUACCACCCGCAUGUGCCAGCUGGAUAGCCAAUGGAGCGGCUCCCUGCCACAUUGCUCUGGGGAUUCUGCCGGUUUGUGUGGAGACCCUGGCAUUCCAGUGCACGGGAUCCGUCUGGGAGAGGAGUUCUCCGUAGGGAGCGUUGUACGAUUCAGCUGUGAGCCCGGCUACAUUCUGAAGGGGUCCUCAGAACGGACCUGCCUGGCUAACGGGAGCUGGGUGGGCAUCCAGCCUGAAUGCCAUGUGGUCUCCUGUGGCAACCCUGGGACUCCCCGCAACGCCAUGAUCCAGUUCCAUGAUGGACUUGUGUUUUCCCGCUCUAUCACCUACUCCUGCAGAGAAGGCUACUACUCCAACGGCCUGCUCACCCGUCAUUGUACCGUCAAUGGCACCUGGACCGGGGACAUGCCGGAAUGCACAGUCAUUAACUGUGGAGAUCCCGGAGUGCCAGCUAAUGGUAUCAGACUGGGCAGCGACUUCACCUAUGGCCACAGUGUGAGCUUCCAGUGUUCACCGGGUUUCACUAUGGAUGCCGAUCGUGCCUCCACGCUCACCUGCACCAAGGACCGCACAUGGAACGGCACUAAGCCCGUUUGCAAAGCCAUUGUGUGUGGUGCACCUCCCAGCAUCCCGAAUGGGCAGGUGGUUGGGACUGAUUUCCAGUGGGGGUCUAGCAUUAGUUAUAACUGUAAUCAGGGUUACCAGCUUUCCCUUCCCACCAUACUUACCUGCCAGGGCACGGGAAACUGGAGUGGUGAACGGCCUCAAUGUUUUCCUGUAUUUUGUGGAGAUCCAGGGAUACCAGCCCAAGGCAAGCGGGAAGACAGAGGGUUUACAUACCUGUCCUCUGUUUCAUUCUCAUGUUACCCGCCUUUGAUUCUGGUUGGCUCUGCUCGCCAAUACUGCCAGUAUGACGGAACCUGGAGUGGAACCCAGCCUUCUUGCAUAGAUCCCAGUCACACCAGCUGUAUAGAUCCUGGCACUCCUCUCUUUGGCAACCAGAACAACUCUCAAGGCUAUCAGAUUGGUAGUUCAGUAUUCUACAGCUGCAGAAAGGGCCACAUUCUUCUGGGUUCCAUCUCUCGGACCUGUUUGCCCAACCUCACCUGGAGUGGCAUGCAGCCUGAGUGCAUCGCUCAUCACUGUAAUCAGCCGGAGCUUCCCGCUCAGGCGGAUGUAGGUGCCAUAGAGCUGCCAUCUCUGGGUUAUACGCUCAUCUACACAUGUCAGCCUGGAUUCUACCUGGCUGGAGGAUCUGAACACCGCACCUGCAGGGCUGAUGGCAGCUGGACAGGGAAACCUCCGUUGUGUGCACCUGAUAACAGACCAAGUGGAAAAACUGUAGGAACUGUGCAAGAGCCGCCCAACACAAAGCUACCCGUGCCAAGUGGGGUUUUUUCUAAGAACUCUCUUUGGAGGGGUUCAUACGAAUAUCUAGGGAAGAAGCAGCCAGCAAUGCUUAGCAUAACUGCUUUUGAACCGCUCAGCAAUCGGGUCAAUGGCACUCUCAUGGACCACAGCGGAGUACAGCUCAAUCUGGCUGGUACCUAUAAGAAAGAAGAAGCCCAGUUGUUGCUGCAGGUGUAUCAGAUCCGCGGCCCUGUGGAGAUCUUCGUUAACAAGUUCAAAAUUGACAACUGGGCACUUGACGGACAUGUGUCAUACAUGCCUUCAUCCGAUUCAUUUGUAUACCAAGGCUUUGUUCGAGGAAAAGGCUUCGGCCAGUUUGGUCUUCAGAGGCUGGAGGGCCUUGAUCCAAAUGGGGAGAAUCCAGGCUAUAACUUUGCCUCCAAUAGCAGUUCAGUGGCAGCAGCCAUUUUAGUGCCUUUUAUUGCCAUGAUUAUAGCAGGCUUCGCUCUGUAUCUCUACAAACACAGAAAAAGGCCCAAAGUACCCUUCAAUGGUUAUGCGGGCCAUGAGAACACCAACGGAAGGGCGACUUUCGAAAAUCCUAUGUAUGACCGUAAUAUCCAGCCCACUGACAUCAUGGCCAAUGAGACAGAGUUCACGGUCAGCACAGUGUGCACGGCAGUAUAGCGACCGCUCUAGGCAAAGGCUGGAUAUAGUCUUUCCCUCUCCACACAACUAUAGUUACGAAUGGGCCGCACGGAUGGACUAAAGAGGAGGAUUUUUUUUGUUGUUUUUUAUUUGUAAACCAAUUCCAAUGUGACAAAGUGAUAAACCUUGAUAACAAUGCUGUAAAAAUGCAUCAACAGAGAUGCACUGAUAAAGAACCACGUCAGUGUUUGCUAGCUGAAACUCUGUUCCUACACACCUCUUCUGUCUCCUCUUUUUUCCUUCUGAGGGAACGUCCUGUUUGACUGUGGCAGCGCGAAGGGACACAUGUGAAGCUCAGUCGUCGCUUGCCAAAAAAAGACAAGAGGUACAUUAUUCAGUCAAACAAAGCCCGCCCAUUCUUACUCCUGAGGUAGAGGAAGCCUUCUUGUGAACAGGAAGUCAAGAAGCAUGUUGCUGGAGAAGCUUUGUUUAACUUUUUUACCUUGAGUUGUUUUCUAUGGAGUGCGUUUUGGCUUAUUUUGUCCCAUAUCCACGAACUAAAAUCACAGACUUCACUGACACAUCAGUUCCCUGAGCAUGUUACGCCACACCUCGACUUGAAGAGGAAUGAGAUUCAGAGGGUUAUUAGAAGACAUGGAUUCUAGCUGUAGCACCUCUUUUCUCAUUUCAGCUUGAAGGAACAAGUGUUCUCACAGCAUCUUAUCACGAUCCUGACUGAGAAUGGACAGUCCAACCCUCCGAGCAGCCCAGCGGAGAACAUGAAAAGACACGGCGCACAUGUUUAUGAGUUCAGGGGCUUUAUGAAGCUGACUUCACGGCCUCUUCCCCACAUUUACAGAAGAAAAGCAGCCCACAUUAGAGGUUUGGAUUUCCUCUAUACUACCAAGGAGUGGAUUUGGAUGAUCUGAGUUGGAUGUUCUUGGUUUACGGGCUGGGAUUUAUCGAUGAACGAUUCGCUAGCGUUUAUAGAUAUUCCUGAUGUCAGGCAGAUCUUAGGUGGUGGGCUUCUGAUGUCAUUGAAUGUCAUGGAUCAAAUGAUUUUCAUACAUAGAUUUAAAAAAAAAAAGCAACACAGUCCUUGAAGACCAGAGAUAAAUAUAACUUGAAACAUGUAUUUCAUAACCAAGGGAGGGUCCGCUUUCAGUCCUCAAGUUCUGAAGUCAAGGAUAAGGAUGACGGAUUUACUCAAAAGGAGCCAACACCAAAUAAGCGUGAAAAUCUUUAAUCUCUGUAGCUUUGUGUCAUAAUCUGUUUCCCUGCAUAUUCCUCCAUGUCAUCCUUGCCCACACCACACUUACGAUAAGCGAAAGGGGCUUAGGAAUCACUCCUUAAAAUACUAAUCCAAUGCCGGUUGUUUAUUUUGCAUGCAUUUGCCCCAGUAACUUGAUGGGAUGGUCUGAAGAUGAGCAAGUGUACAAAUAGUGUGGGAUAGAUCUGCAUACUGAAUAACUUGUAUUCUGAUGCCAGAGUACACUAUAUUCUGGGUGCAGCAUCCGUUAACUGGCCGGUGUUAUUGAGAUUUGUAAUUCGGUUAUUGAAUAUUAUUGCCGCUGCUUGUUUUGGCAUCAUUCGGUUAGAUUUUCUUUUUCUUAUGGCCUCUGUUAACUGAUGCCGGCAUUUACUUUCCGGUUUACGUGCUGCACUGUUCAGCUUUUGAAAUCAAUCUCUGAUAUAAUUGCUUUUACAAGUUUAUUACUUUUGAAAUCGGUAGCCUAUCAUCGUUGUGUUAAUGUGAUAUUACCUAGAGAUUGUUUCAAUUGUGAGUUGAUCGAAAAAGCAAAGAUUGUAUUUCCCUUGGGAUUUAAUGGGCCAGGAGUUUAGCAGGUACAUUAUCUUCAACCUAUUGACAUUCUCUUUAUAUUUACAAGACUGCCGCAUGGCUGUUCUGCUUUAUCAGUGUUGACGUCAUCUUAAAGCAUUUGCCACAUACCAGACAUCAUUUUGCUGCAGAUUGGCAUUUUAUGUUUCAGCAAACCUACAAUAAUUCCGGCAUUAGAAAUAG